ACAAUUAUUUACUGUUUAAUUGCUCUACUUUUUGCGUCUUAUUUUACUCAAUUACUUUACAAUCUUCUAUGAAGAUAUUCCUGAAUACACUAACAUGAAUACGAAAUUAAUAAACCAUGGAGCUUUUUGGUCUAAUUGGAAAAACAUGUGUUGUAUUUUGUUUUUUAUGGCAACUAUAUGCAGUCUAUUAUUAUGUACACUUGAGUAUUACAAGAGUGAAAAAUAUUUUGAAAAUACUAAAGGUUUAAAAGGUUCAAGUAAUAACAGCUUUACAGUUUUUUACAACCAUCUUUCAAAAUUUGUUACUAACAAUCAGUUAAAUUCUUUUCCAAUCAGCUUUAACGAUAAUCAAAGUAAAUUUUUGAAAUUCCGAACUACAAAAACGCCGUGGGAUUCUUUGCCAAGUUUUGAACUAAAUCUCAGACUAACAAGUAUUGAACCUAGAUGGUUUUGGACCUACCAAAGGUGGUUUUUAAAAAGCUUGAAACUGUUUUGGCCUCAAGAACUUUAUAAUUUAACGAUAGUUUUAAAUGCAGAAGUACCUGGUGAUCGUAUACUCGGAAAUCAAAUAGCAUCUAUGUGGCCUUUUCCUAAAGUCGCUUAUAUCGAAAAACCGACAGCAAUAGCAAUUGGCGAUAAGAAGAACUCGGACCGAUUUAGAAUGUACUAUGACGCUUUUUUUCCAGAUUUGUAUACAGAAGCCGAAUUUAUAGGCUUUGUUGAUACUGACACUCUUUUUAUAACACCAGUUACUCCUCAGAGCUUGUUUGAAGGGAAUAAACCAAUUGUUAUAGGUAUUGCAGGAAACGUUUAUUAUGCUUCGUGUACAGAGUUUAUGCUAAAAGUAAAGCAGCUUAUGAUAUGCAUGUCUUAUUUUCCAGUGACAAUAAAAGUAGCUCAUUUAGUUUUAAUGCGUGCGCAUAUCGAAAAACUACACGGAAAAAAUUUUUCGGAAGUAUUUGGUGAGGCUGUUUUAAGAGUUGGAGGCGGAACUGAUGGUUGUUUAUGUCAGUUUGCCGUUAUGUGUAAUUAUAUCUAUCGAUUCCAUCGAGAUGAAUACUCUUUUCGAAUUCAAAUGCAUCCUGAUAAUAGCAUUAAAAAUGACUUUCCAGAAUCGGAAAAAGUUCCUUUUCCAAGAGUUGCGAUUCAUUCCAGACAUCUUAUUCCGUACAAGGUAGUUGAUCCUAUGGCUAAAGAUUCUAUUGUUAUGUUUAAUGAAAGAAUAAAGGAAGGUAUGUGCAGGGCAUUCGGUAUUGAAUGGUGUCCAAAUAUUUAUUGCGCUGAAUUCUCAAGUAGCUCUUUACAAAAAUCAUUGUAUGCAUUUGAAUACUAUGAUUGGAGUUGGGAUAAGCGCUGCUUUAAAGAACAGGAAAAACAUUAUUCAAAUGUUAAAAACUUAAUUGAUUAUCAGAUCAAAAAUGAAACUAAGUUAUUUGGUAUUUUUGAAAAUCAAGUUAGUUCUUGUAUGUUUUUUUAAAUAAGAAAUAUUGUUUAAAAUGUUUAAUUAAAAAUUUUAUUUUCAAGUGGCUGUUAAUACAACUUCCUUUAGUAUUA